UAAUCAUCAUCAUCAUAAAAAAUAAUAAAGAGGGUUGGAAGAGACCCCUUGGGCCAUCUAGUCCAACCCCCUUUUGCUUUUGUGCACCAAAACAUAAUCAAAGCACUCCUGACAGAUAAUCACUCAAUAAUAAUAAUAAUAAUAAUAAUAAUGGGAUCUGCGCACAUCAUCCGAAAAUACAUCACACAGUCCUAGACGCUUGGGAAGUGUUCGACUUGUGAUUUUGUGAUACGAAAUCCAGCAUAUCUAUCUUGUUUGCUGUGUCAGACUAUGUCGUUGUGUUAACAACAACAACAAUAAUAAUAAAUGUUUUAUUACCCACCUCUUCUGACAGCAAGAGGUAGGGUGCAAAACAUAAAAUACAUACCAAAAAUACCUAGAUAAAAACACACCAUUAUAAAAAAAAGAACAUAAACCAAACACAAAUUUAACAUGUAGCAGCAGUGUAAAUCAAACCCCAUGAUUGUAAGUCAGGUUUUAACUGGUUGGAGUAAACAUCCCCCAGAGGACUCCAGUGUCCUAAUGGGCAUGGAUUGUGCAGGAGGAGGAUUCCUCGGCGGCAGCGGCGGGAAAGGAGCGCGCGGGGCGAGCGAGGGAGAAAGGCACUCGCCUUCCCUGCCUCCUCGCUCGCUCGCCCUGCAGGCUCCUUCCUCGGUGGCAGUGGCAGCAGAAAAGGGGCACGCGGGGCGAGGGAGAAGGGAAAGGCCUUUUCCUCUUUCUCCUUGCCACACGCACCUUUCUUGGCGGAGGAGGAGGAGGGAGCUACUGUCCCGCGGGCCGGAUCAAUAGCUCUGGCGGGCCGCAUGUGGCCCGCGGGCCGUAGUUUGGGGACCCCUGGUUUACAUUGUCCAUCUGCUCUGUUGUUUAUGGGAUUUCAAUACGUUCUCAGCCGCUUUGGGUCCCGAGAGGGAGAAGAGAAGGAUGUAAAUAGAGAUUUAUUAUUAUUAUUAUUAUUAUUAUUAUUAUUAUUAAACCAGGCCUGCAUGCACAGCUACACUGUAGUCCAGAUCUCACCUCGGCUGGGUUCGGUGCUUUCUGGUUGCAGGUGAACUAUAACUCCCCAAACCAAUUUCUAUUCCCACCGACCCCUGCAGUGUGUUCAGUUGGUCAAGGGGCUUCUCUGGGCCAAGUCUGGUCCCAAUCUAUUCUCGUGGGGGUCAUAGUGUCAGUGAAGGUACUGCAGCAAGUUUGGUCCAGAUCCAUCCUUGGUUGGGUCGACAGUGCUCUCUGGGUGACGGUCAAGUACAAGGUCAGGAGCUCAAUCGGAUGCAGGCUUUGAACCCUUGGCCUUUCUUUCGCUCAGCAGUGAUCUCUUGCGUCUGGCUCUUAACCAUCUGCUCACUGCCCGGUCCCUCCUCCCCAGACCCCCUUGGGUGUCCUCUGGGCAUCAUGCCGGGAGGAGGGCGAGGCAGGCCGCAGCCGAGUGUGCUCAGAGGGCUCUCAGCCGCCUUCCUUCCGCCUGCCUCCCUCCAGCCACCCUCCCGGCAUAAGGAUGGGGAGGAGGGUGAGACGCGCAGUGGCCAGGAGAGCUCCAGGAGGUCCUCUCUCCACUACCACGUGCCUUCCUCCCCAAUUCUUGGCCUGAGGAUGCGGCCGGCCACCCUGUCCUUAUGCCAAGAGGACAGGGAACGUGAGGAGGGGGCCAGAGGGAAGCGCCCAGGGGGCCACAUCCACCCCACCCUCCCCAGGGCCUUACUUUGCCCAUGCCUGCCUUAGGGGGAGAAAAGCAGUCUAUAAAUGUAGUCAAUAAAUAAAUAUAGUCGGCAUUUUGCACAUGGCCUUGCCCUGCCUUCUCGGAUCUGAUCGUGCCCACUUUUUCCGCUUACUGGUCGGUUGAUGUCGGUUAUAUAGUUUUAUGGUGUUUUUACUUUUUCUCAUUUCAGUUGUUUUGAUUAUAUUGUUUAUUUGCUAUACGUUUUUUAAUUGUGUUUUACCUUGGAAUCCUUGUUUAUGCUGGGCUUGGUCCCCAUGAAAGCCGCCCCGAGUCCUUUCUGGGAGAGAGAUGAUGAUGGGAUAUAAGAAUAAAAUUAUUAUUAUUAUGUAUACACAAUAUAUAGGUGUAAAUAUCUAUAUUUUCCAAUUCCCAAUCACUUCCUUGUUCUUUCCUUCCCUCCUUCUCUCCCUUCCUUCCUCCAUUCUUCCUUCCCAUCCUUCCUCCUCCCUUCUUAUGUAUUUAUUUUUUUAUUUGGGUACUAGCUGUACCCGGCCACGCGUUGCUGUGGCGUAGUCCUUAGUGGGGUUUUCUUCGUGGCAUGGAAGGUGGCAUAAAGAGGAUUCCCCAUAGGUAUGAAGCAGCCAGGCUUUGAUGCUGCAAGGGUAUUCAAGUUGGCCAACAAUGGAGUCCCCUAGGUAUGAAGCAGCCAGGCUUUGAUGCUGCAAGGCUAUUCAAUGGGAUUCAAGUUGGCCGACAAUGGAAUCCCCUAGGUAUGAAGCAGCCAGCCUUUGAUGCUGCAAGGCUAUUCAAUGGUAUUCAAGUUGGCCGACAAUGGAGUCCCUUAGGUAUGAAGCAGCCAGGGUUUGAUGCUGCAAGGCUAUUCAAUGGUAUUCAAGUUGGCCGACAAUGGAAUCCCCUAGGUAUGAAGCAGCCAGGGUUUGAUGCUGCAAGGCUAUUCAAUGGUAUUCAAGUUGGCCGACAAUGGAGUCCCCUAAGUAUGAAGCAGCCACGUUUUGAUGCUGCAAGGCUAUUCAAUGGUAUUCAAGUUGGCCGACAAUGGAGUCCCCUAAGUAUGAAGCAGCCAGCCUUUGAUGCUGCAAGGCUAUUCAAUGGUAUUCAAGUUGGCCGACAAUGGAGUCCCCUAAGUAUGAAGCAGCCAGCCUUUGAUGCUGCAAGCCUAUUCAAUGGUAUUCAAGUUGGCCUGGAGGAGGUACCUGUGACUUCCUGGCGUUUUCCCUGACUUGGUGAAGAAGCUCAGGAGGGUGCUCUGGUGAGGGAUCCUGAUGAUGGCAGCGAGUGAGGGGAAGGAGGCAGCCAGAAGGAGAAGCUGGGGCUCCGGCUCCCAGGGGGCGGGGCUUGCGAGCAGGGUGCGCACGGGGAACAGCUGGCCGUUGUCGGUCGGCCGGGGAGUGACGUCAUGGGAGGAGGGGUCACAGAGAGAGGGCAAAGGCCAAGCUGGGCAUUCCCUCUCCCGCCCUUGUUUUGGAGGAGUGUGGGGUGAGUGGAUCCUGUGGAGGUUCUGACCCAAUGUUUUGUUGUUUCAACCUGGAGGCGUGGAUAAUGGAUUCUGUGGGCAAAUUUGGAGUUUGGAGGGUGUUUAGUUUUGUUGUUUUGCUCGGUGCCCGAAUUCCAUCACUCUUUUAUAUAUAUAGAUUUAUUUCUCGUGUUAGAAGAGAACCGAGGGUACAGGUUGUAAUGGAUUUGCAAACAUAGAGGAUUUUUUUAGAAAAAAAACUUGGCAUUAAUACUAAAUGUAUAUUGCCCAGUAGCUGGCCACCCAGCAGUUUCAUGUAGAUGUUAAAAAGCAUGGGGGAAAGAAUGGAACCUUGUGGGACCCCACAGGUCAAUGGCCAGCUUCACUGACUUUCAUUACUUUUCUUGGGAGACGGAGAGCAAGAAAAAGGAAGAGGAGAAGGAGAAAUAAGGGAGGAGGAGAAGGGGAUGAAGAAAAAGGAAGACGGAGAAAGAAUAGGAGGAGGAGGCAGAGUGGAAGGAAGGAAGACAAGAAGCAGAAGGAGGAAGAAUACAGGAAGGAGGAGAAGGAUUAAUUAAAUCAUAGAAUCCUAGAAUAGUAGAGUUGGAAGAGACCUCAUGGGCCAUCCAGUCCAACCCCAUUCUGCCAAGAAGCAGGAAAUCGUAUUCAAAGCACCCCCGACAGAUGGCCAUCCAGCCUCUGCUUAAAAGCCUCCAAAGAAGGAGCCUCCACCACAGUCCGGGGCAGAGAGAGAGUUCCACUGCCGAACAGCCCUUCUCACAGUGAGGAAGUUCUUCCCGAUGUUCAGGGAAAUGAAGACCCUAUGAAGUCACCACAGGCAUAAAAAGAAAAUAUCAAUAUCUAGUGGAGAUUGAGGAAUUUGGAAACCAAAGGGCAAUAAUGAAAGAAAUCCUGUGGGAAGAAGAAAUCCUCUCUAGGUGCCAAUCUUGUGGAACUCAAUUUUGAUCAGAAAGAAAAAGGGAACACUCACGUGUCCAUAUCACAAAACUGUCGACAUGGAGGAGAAACCCUAUACAUGCCUUGAGUGUGGAAAGAGCUUCAGUUGGAGGAGCAAUCUGCUACUGCAUGAAAGGACUCACACUGGGGAGAAACCUUUUAAAUGCCCGGAGUGUGAACAGAGCUUCACUCAUAGUUCAGGCCUAUAUUCACAUCUAAGGACUCACACUGGGGAGAAACCUUUUAAAUGCCCGGAGUGUGGACAGAGCUUCACUGAGAGUUCAGGUCUACGUUCACAUCAAAGGACUCACACUGGGGAGAAACCUUUUAAAUGCCCGGAGUGUGGACAGAGCUUUGCUCAUAAUGGAAGUCUACAUUCACAUCAAAGAACUCACACUGGGGAGAAACCCUAUAACUGCCUGGAGUGUGGACAGAGCUUUACUCAAAAGGGACACUUAGAUUCACAUCAAAGGACUCACACUGGGGAGAAACCCUAUAACUGCCUGGAGUGUGGACAGAGCUUUGCUCGUAGUUCAAAUCUACGUUCACAUCAAAGAACUCACACUGGGGAGAAACCCUAUAACUGCCUGGAGUGUGGACAGAGCUUUGCUCGUAGUUCAGGACUACGUUCACAUCAAGGAACUCACACUGGGGAGAAACCCUAUAAAUGCCUGGAGUGUGGACAGAGCUAUACUCGUAGUUCAGGACUACGUUUACAUCAAAGAACUCACACUGGGGAGAAACCCUAUAAAUGCCUGGAGUGUGGACAAAGCUAUACUUGUAGUUCAGGAUUACGUUCACAUCAAUGGACUCACACUGGGGAGAAACCAUAUAAAUGCCUGGAGUGUGGACAGAGCUUUGUUUGUAGUUCAGGACUACGUUCACAUCAAAGAACUCACACUGGGGAGAAACCCUAUAACUGCCUGGAGUGUGGACAGAGCUUUGCUUGUAGUUCAAAUCUACGUUCACAUCAAAGAACUCACACUGGGGAGAAACCCUUUAAAUGCCUGGAGUGUGGACAGAGCUUCACUGAGAGUUCAGGCCUACGUUCACAUCAAAGGACUCACACUGGGGAAAAACCCUAUAACUGCCUGGAGUGUGGACAGAGCUUCACUCAGAAGGGAAGCUUACAUAGACAUCAAAGGAGUCACACUGGGGAGAAACCCUAUAAAUGCCUGGAGUGUGGACAGAGCUAUACUCAUAGUUCAGGACUACGUUCACAUCAAAGGACUCACACUGGGGAGAAACCAUAUAAAUGCCUGGAGUGUGGACAGAACUUUGCUUGUAGUUCAGGUCUACGUUCACAUCAAAGGACUCACACUGGGGAGAAACCCUAUAACUGCCUGGAGUGUGGACAGAGCUUCACUCAGAAGGGAAACUUACAUACACAUCAAAGAACUCACACUGGGGAGAAACCCUAUAAAUGCCUGGAGUGUGGACAGAGCUUCUCUCAUAAUUCAAAUCUACAUACACAUCAAAGAACUCACACUGGGGAGAAACCCUAUAAAUGCCUGGAGUGUGGACAGAGCUUCUCUCAUAAUUCAAAUCUACAUACACAUCAAGGAACUCACACUGGGGAGAAACCCUAUAAAUGCCUGGAGUGUGGACAGAGCUUCAUUCAGAGUUCAAGUCUACGUUCACAUCAAAGGACUCACAACUGGGGAGAAACCCUAUAAAUGCCUGGAGUGUGGGCAUACCUUCAAUCAUAGUGGAUAUCUACGUAAACAUCAAAGGAUUCACACGGGAGAAACCCUAUACAUGCCGGGUGUGUGGUAAGAGCUUCACGCAGAGUUCAGGUCUACGUUUACAUCAAAGAACUCACACUGGGGGGAAACCAUAGAAAUGCAUGGAGUGUGGACAGAGCUUUUCACAGAAUAACAUUAGACAUCAUAGAAUUCAUAGAAUUCACCCUGUUAAUUGACACCAGAGUGUCAUUCUAACAUGUACAAAAGCAACUUGCAAAUUUUGGAAAUGCAAGCUCAAAGUUGGGACAUUUCAUCACAUGUGGUGUAUUGUAGAAAGAUUGAACUAAAAUACAGUGUUCCCUCACUUAUCCCAGGGGUUAGGUUCCAGGACCACCCACAAUAAGUGAAAAUCCGCGAAGUAGGGAUGCUAUAUAUUUCUACAUUAUUUUAGUAGUUAUACACUAUUUUAAGUCUUUAUCAAGAAAUCAUGUGUUGAUAAAUCGCCUCCUUCUCCUCUUGUUGCCGCUUGGGCUCCUUUUCUCUCCCUUUGGCUUCUCCUUCCUCCCUUCCUUAGGCUGUACAUUGUAAUUUUGUAUUAUUUAUAGUCGUCUUUUAGAAUUUAUUGAAAAACCGCAAAACAGUGAAUCCGCAAAGAGCGAAGUAGUGAGGGAACUCUGUAUGUUCCAUUCUGGAAGUAAUUAUAUUAUCUAAAGGGAAUAGAAUAAUGAGAGAUAAAAAUUAACAGAUAGAAUUAGGCCUUUAGGCAUGUAUCCCUGUCUGUUAGUUCAGCUGUAUGAAGGUUUCGCAGGUCUGUUUGUUUCUGAUUUAGUUUUGUAUCUCAUGUAGUAGUAGUAAUAAUAAUAAUAAUAAUAAUAAUAAUAAUAACAACAACUUUAUUUUUAUACCCCGCCCCAUCUCCCCGAAGGGACUCGGGGCGGCUUACAUGGGGCCUUGCCCGAUAAAACAAUCAAAUAUCAAAACACAGCAAAAAAACAGUUAUCCAAUAAAAACAUCAAUUACAGUAAAAACAAUUGUUAAAAUCAACAUAAAACAUACAAUAUUAACACUGGAGACUAAUUCAUAGAACUCAGGCAAAGUGCAACAUGGGCCGAAAUGGGGAAGGUAAUUUCACAGUUGAAAUGGACAAAGUGCAAUAUAGCAUUGGCAACACCUCGAGAAUGGGGCUAUUAUAAAAUGGGCAGAUAGAUCAGUCCAACACCAGAUUAAGUAUCAAAGGCCUUUUGAAAGAGCCAGGUUUUUAAGCUCCUACGGAAGGAGAGGAGGAUAGGGGCCUGCCUGAUCUCUCUAGGGAGCGAGUUCCAAAUCCGGGGGGCCACGACGGAGAAGGCCCUCUCUCUCGUCCCCACCAACCGCGACUGCGAGGGUGGUGGGAGCGAGAGAAGGGCCUCCCCCGACGAGUGAAGAGAACGUGCGGGUUCGUAGGGGGAGAUGCGGUCUCUAAGGUAGGUGGGUCCCAAACCGUUUAGGGCUUUGUAGGUGAUAACCUGCACCUUGAAUUGAGCCCUGAAAGUAAAUGGCAGCCAGUGAAGCUCCUUAAACAGAGGCGUUGAACGCGCCCUGUAAUUCGCUCCGGUUAGAAGCCUGGCUGCCGAACGCUGUACUAGUUGUAAUUUCCGGGCCAUCUUCAAAGGCAGCCCCACGUAGAGCGCAUAGCAAUAGUCCAGUCUAGAGGUAACUAAGGCAUGGACCAUCAUGGUCAGAUCAGACUUCUCGAGGUACGGUCGCAGCUGGCGCACAAGUUUUAAUUCUGCAAAGGCCCUCCCGGCCACGGCCGACACCUGAGCCUCAAGCGUCAGCCCCGAAUCCAGGAGGACCCCCAAACUGCAGACCUGCGCCUUCAGGGGGAGUGCGACCCCGUCAAGCACAGGUUGCCACCCAAUACCCCAAUCUGACCUGGAGGACCUCUGUCUUGUCGGGAUUAAGUCUCAGCUUGUUCACCCUCAUCCAGGCCAACACAGCGGCCAGACACUGGUCCAGAAUCCGAGGGGCUUCCUUGGAUUUAGGUGGAAAAGAGUAGUAGAGAUGGCGUAGAGAUGGCACUGUACUCCAAAACUCUGGAUAACCUCUCCCAGCGGUUUCAUGUAGAUGUUAAAAAGCAUGGGGGACAGAAUAGAACCUUGCGGGACCCCACAGGUCAAUGGCCAGGGGUCCGAGCAGGUGUCCCCCAGCUUCACCAACUGGGAACGGCCCUCCAGAAAGGCCCUGCAGUACCCCCAAGGCCCAUCCCAGAGAGCCGCCCCAGAAGGAUACCAUGGUCAAUGGUAUCGAAAGCCGCUGAGAUGUCCAAGAGAACCAGCAGGGUCACACUCCCCCUGUCCAGCUCCCUGCGGAGGUCAUCCACCAAGGCCACCCAAGCCGUCUCGGUACUGUAACCAGGCCUGAAGCCAGACUGACAGAAGUAGUUAGUUUCAUGUGUAGUUGAAGCAUUAUAUACAAUUUCUGCCUUUUUUGUAAUGUUGCUUUUAAUCUCUCUUUUUUGAUUUUUAUUUUUUUUUGCCAUAAAGAGGGGGAUUUAUAAGGGACAAAACUGCUGAAACCGUCAACUUGUUUUGUUCUGAACCCAAAGGUUUCCUGUUCUUUGGCUGCCGAGUGUUCAGGGAAGAGUGAGGUCUGUGAGAUCAGUGAGUAGAAAACAUGACACAAUUUAGAUAAUGGUUUGUGGCACAACAACAACCCUUGUAGUAGUCAAUGGGAUAUUCUGUAUGCCUUCUUUAAUGUCAAGUAAGACAAUUUCCCCUUAUGUCUGGAGGCUCUGUCGAACUGGCUACGUGCUAGUAGACUGAAGGUGAACCCGGCGAAGACCGAGAUUCUUUGGCUUGGCUGCUCGACUGGUCUGACCCACUUGCUACCCACCUUCGAUGGUGCUGCCCUAUCUCCUUCGCCCACCAUUAAGAGCCUGGGUGUCGUUUUAGAUUCACAGCUGACAAUGGAAGCUCAGGUCGCUGCUGCCAGCAAACAGGCCUUUUUCCACCUACGACAAGCGAGGCAACUGGCACCCUAUCUAUCUGAUGAGGCUCUGGCAACGGUCAUCCAUGCCACGGUCACGUCUAGGCUGGACUAUUGCAACGCCCUGUAUGUUGGCCUUCCGAUGUCCACGACCCGAAAGCUCGUAUUGUUCAGAAUGCGGUAGCCAGGCUACUCACAAGAACACCCAUGAAAUGCCACAUCACACCACUGCUGCAGCAUCUGCAUUGGCUUCCAACUGAUUACCGUGGUCUAUAUAAGAUGCUAGUCCUGACCUUUAAAACUCUUUACGGCCAGGGCCCAUCGUCCCUUAGGGACCGUCUCUCCUUCUCCCAUCAUCGGAGGUCGCAACGACCAUCCCAACGAGACUUACUUUAUGUACCGGGUCCUAGAGAAGUGCACUUGGAAAGGACCAGACGCAGAGCUUUUUCUAUUUCUGCCCCUCCCUUAUGGAAUGCCUUGCCGCCCCAUAUGAGAGCCAUGCGUGAGUUGGGGCCUUUUACCCUCGCACUCAAGACCUGGCUCUUUACUAGAGCUUUUAAUCUAUGUUAAUUUUAUCAAUAUUUGUAUGUAUAUAUUUUUAUCCUUUACAAUUUUAUCUUGUAAAUUGCCUAGAGCAUCGUGGAUGGAGGGCAAUUAAUAAAUAGUUAAAUGAUGAUGAUGAUAUUGUGCUCAGAUACAAAGAUUUAUAAAGGAAACACCACAAUGGAUAUAAAACAAUGGGAAGCACGGGAAGCAGAUUAUGUGUGCUCACCACACCUCACACAGAUAGGACCACGUGUGCUAUAAACAUGGAAGAUGUGAUACAUUCACACAAGAUACAGGAAUGGGAUGACUUUGUGUUACUACUGUUCAGCUAAUGUUAUGGUCUGAUGGAAAUAUAAUAGAACCCGAUAAACAAACAUUCGGUUGAAAUGUAAAUGUAACAUAACUUUUGUUCAAGAUGAUGAAACUGGGAAUUUGGUGUACGUGGUGGAGAAUGGAGACAGUGAAAUAGACUUGAAGUUUAAAAAGUUAUCCAUAAAUAUAAGGAAUUAAUUGGGAAAAAUUAAAUAUACUAGUAAAAACGAAUCAGCAGGUGAAGAAACAUUUGGAGAGUUAUGAGGAAAGAAGUAAGAAAGGUUUUGUUAGGAUCCAAGAGGUUGAUGGAGAACGUCAGAGCGUGGCCGCAGAAGGAAGCAGCCCGACAGAACGUCACUGGUGUGAUGAAAUCAACGGAUAUUCACCCAAAGCGGCAGCAGCAUGUUUACAUCUAUUGAUGCGCCCAAUAGUAAGGUGAGGGCUACAAGGAGUGACUGAUCGAUUUUCUGUAUUUGAAAACGAAUUGCAAUACUUAGAAACGCAAUUGUGAACUGUGAUGUAUGUUGACUCUAUUGAGAGGGUUGAUGGGCCAAAGUGCCUGCAUUUCUAUUCUAUUUCUGAUUGCUUUUAAUUAUGCAUUAUUAAGGUGUCUGCUUCAACUUAUUCUAUUAAAGAUGCAACCUGCCUUCUUCCAGAGGAGAGGCAAGUGUCCGUAUGUCGCCACUAUGUUUCCGGAACAUCUUGUGGUUAAUGUGGUUAAGCUACUUACUGGAACAUAAGUGAACAACAUGUUUUUCUACAAAUGUUGUUUAUGAUAAAGGAAGCACGCUUGCAACACUCUGUACUGCUCCAAAGAAAUGAGGAACAUGAGGAUAUAUUGAGCUUCAUUUCCAAUGUUCUUCACGGCGGUCACCUUUGAUUUGUCCAUCCGUCUAUACUGCAGUAUAAUAAAGGUACUUGUUUUAAACUC